AUGGCGACCCAUAUCUCGGACAGGAUACUGAGCUUCUGCAGAGAGCCUAAAAGUGUAAGCAGUGAGUACGCAAAGGAUCCGACGAAGACACCAGGUCACUAUGCGGCUCAUCUGUAUGGACAAGAGCUACCUGCGGUCACUGAGCAUCAACCACCUCACUUGAGGAAGUCACCGACACUGGAAGACAUUGCACGUGCGCGGCAAUGCGGCAAUUGGGGCGACUCCACCCCCAGCGAGCUUUUUCUGCAAUGUUACCACGAUGCGCUGUGCUCGCUCGAACACGAUUCAUUGGCAGGCAUGAUCAGCCCGAGCUUGAUGGGAAGUAAUGGUGUUGUACCACUCACGAUUAUCGCUCCGUUGCCGGAUAUUUGUCGACAUAUGUCUAACCUCAUUGCGCGAGCUGAACAUGAAGUCUUCUUAGCGACCAAUUUCUGGACCGCGUCAGACGCGUCACGAUUGAUUACCGACUCUCUCUUAGAGCUUAAUAAAAGAGCCGGAGAACGGAGGCAGAAGAUCGUAGUCAAGAUUAUGUACGAUCGUGGAAACAUCAAGCAAGCCAAGGACAACCAUCAAAUAGUCACGGUCGAGGAGUAUACCGGCAAAGCGGUCCAGCUGCCUCAUCCCUCGGAAGUACCCAAUCUCGACAUGCAGGUCCAGAACUACCACCGUCCUGUCCUAGGAACCUUCCAUUCCAAGUUCAUGAUAGUUGACCGGAGGAUCGCCAUUGUCCAAAGUAACAAUAUCCAGGAUAACGACAACUUGGAGAUGAUGACACACCUGGAAGGUCCGAUCGUUGACUCAUUCUACGACACUGCUUUGCUGUCUUGGUAUACGACCAUGACGCCACCGCUUCGCCUUUUGAGCUCACCUGCAAUGGCUGCGAGGGGGAACACCUUUGACGAACCGAGUUUCCGGUCCUUGUUCGAUGGCGCCGUGGACAAUUUAGACCAACGCAGAGAGCUUUGGCCUCUACACGCGGCAGCAGACCCUCAUUACGACCCGGAUAUAGCGUCCGAAGUUCGGAGGAUGCAGGAUGUGUUAACACCUCUACCAGGGGAAUCGCGAGUCGACGCUAUCACGCGCCACCUCAACCUGGCCACCAAGCUCUCACAGAAUGGCGUAGUCCCUGAGAAUCAACUCGACGAGGGCAUGACACCCAUGAUUCCGCACAAACCUCACCAUGCCUUCCCCAUUGCGCUUGUCAACAGGAGGCCCUGGGGUGCGGUCAAUCACCAAGGCGUCAACAACCCUCAGAACGAAGCUUGGCUCUCGGCGAUCCGUAAUGCCAAGUCAUCAGUGUUCAUACAGUCUCCCAAUGUGAAUGCUGCACCCUUGAUCCCUACUCUGAAGGAAGCUUUACUGCGGGGAGUCGAAGUAACGUACUACGUGUGCUUAGGCUACAACGAUGCAGGAGAGCUCUUGCCUUUCCAAGGCGGAGUGAACGAGAUGGUUGCUGAUAAGCUUUACGAAAGCCUCGACAAGGCUUCCAAGCAACGCUUGAAUGUGCACUAUUAUGUGGCCAAAGAUCAAGUGGCACCGAUACACAAUAGCUUUAAGAAGAGAAGUUGCCACAUCAAGCUUUUGAUCGCAGACGGUCAUGUUGGCAUCCAAGGUAACGGGAACCAGGAUACACAGUCGUAUUUUCAUUCCAUGGAGGUAAACGUCAUGAUCGAUUCCGAACAGAUCUGUGGCGAGUGGAGAGGCACCAUAGAGCGAAACCAGAACACGCAUCGGUAUGGCCGAGCGUCACAGAUUGAUGGCAUAUGGCGCGAUGAGCGUGGAAAUGAGGCUGAAGGCGCCGUCGGAAAAGAUCCAGGAAAAUUUGCCUGGGCAAAGGGCAUGGUUGGCGCUGUGAAGAGGGUUCAAGGCGCCGGCAGCAUGCCUGAACUUUACAACGACGAGUUUUUGGCGACCAUCCCCCAAGCCUUGACCCCAAUGGUGGAACAUGCCAGACAGCCUGGUCCAAAUUUGAUAGAACAGUUCCGAACUGCUUGCGGCACGGAUAGCGACAAGCUAGCUGCACUACAACCCGCUUACAGCAGGCUCCGGGUGCACCAAGGCGUCCUUGAUAAACUGAGCGCGCCGGAGACGAGGCCAGUUCUACACAACUUUGUGUCCGAACAACACAGGAAGAACCGCCCAAAUGCCAUUUUCUACGGCACUCUCCAGUCUGGUGAUGCGUACAUCUUCCUUCACGAAGAUGAUGGGACAUUCCCUUACAAGCCCACUUAUCACACUUUCGACCCUGUAACCCAGCGUCAUCGGUCGGAGUUCUCGGGUCUUUAUGUGUGGCUGAACGUCAAGAAGGAGCAGCGUGCUGAAGCAUUCAUGCAUGCCACCAAUGAGGCGGAAAUGAAAGCGCUCGCGAUGUAUUACUUUGCUGGCUUAGACUCACUGCCAUAUCAUUAUCCGCUGAUGCAUCAGCUCGCUUCGAACCUUCUUGUCGUCUGCAGCUCUAUUUUGGGUGCGUCAAAUCUUUCGUCCCAACUAGUCGAACCCCAGGCACAGGCUACUGUGAAGAGUCUUCAAGAACGUAUGGAAAAACUUCCGGGGGAAAGCUUUGAAAGAACAACGCAGAAUUCUGGAAAGGGACAGGCUCAAAACUCCGUUCGGAAGGCUGUCCAGAAGCCUAUCGCGAAGCCUAUUCACAAGUCUGCCCAGCAGCCUAAACGAAAGCGUUCCCAUGAAUAUGGCCCACCAUCUAUCCGAAAUCCUGCCAGGCAACCCACUCAAAACCCUGGACAGAAUCAGAUCCUUAGACCUGCGCAGAAGCCUGACAAGACGUUGUCUUACGCGCCUGACCAGAGGGUCACGGACAAUGUAUUGCCCAAUUCGGACAAUGUCGCGGAAGAUAUGCAUGAGUACCAACCGGGAAGGUCUGCCAUCUCUUCCCACGGCAUUCCCGAAGUUCAUGGCUCUCUUGCACCCGCUCACAUGUCUCUCAAUCCGACGGAUGCGCAAGGCCAGAUCAUUCAUCGUGGCGAAGGUACAGCGCGUUCAUCAGUACCUUGGAAGAAAUCAAGGGGUGCCGACCAUCAGCGCGAAAGCAUCAACCUCCGACUCUACAAGGAGGCUCGUGAGAAUCGUGAGAGCGCCCAAGCGUCCCUUGAACUCGUGAAAGGUCAAAUCAGAGACUUGGAAGCUAAAAUUCGAGACCUAGAAGCUGAAAGUCGAGACCUAGAAGCUCUAGAUCAGGGACUUUUGCUUGAGGCUCGCCGUACUGGAAUACGUGAGCAAAUUUGCAUCUUCAAUGGCCGUCUUGAAGCUUUGCAAACGGAACAUGAGACUACAGACCGAAGAUUCAGCGGUGCAUCGCGAUACAUGAACAGCACUUUUGGAAACUUGACUCCAGCUGAGGCGGCCGUCGCCCUCGAGUGGGUUCCAAAGCAACCAAAAGCAAGCACGGCUUUCGGUCCCGGUCCCUGA